CUGCCCCUCCCUCGCCCCGCCCCUCCCCGCCUGAAUCCCGGGCCGAAUCUCGCAUCUCGGCCCCGCCCUGCACCCCAGUCCCGCCCCUCCCGCACCCCCACACCCCUGCACCCCAGCGUCUCAGCCCCGCCCUGCAUCCCGACCCCGCCCUACGUCUCGUCCCCGCCCUGCAUCCCGGCCAAGCCCGCAGCGCAGGGAGCGGUCUGCAGAGGCCGGGGUGCGCCGGCCACGAAUCCCCAGGCACCGGUGGCUGCCGCGGCCCGAGCAGCUCGGCGGGUAAACAUGGCCGCACUGACGACGGUUGUGGUAGCGGCUGCGGCCACCGCGGUAGCCGGGGCUGUGGCAGGGGCGGGCGCGGCCACUGGGACCGGCGUGGGAGCAACGCCAGCGCCUCAACAGAGUGAUGGCUGUUUUAGUACUUCAGGUGGAAUUCGUCCUUUUCAUCUUCAAAACUGGAAGCAGAAAGUUAAUCAGACUAAGAAAGCAGAAUUCGUACGCACAGCAGAAAAAUUUAAGAAUCAAGUAAUUAACAUGGAAAAAGAUAAACACAGUCAUUUCUACAACCAAAAAAGUGACUUCAGAAUUGAGCAUAGUAUGCUAGAAGAAUUGGAAAAUAAAUUAAUUAACAGCAGGAAAACAGAAAGAGCAAAAAUCCAGCAGCAAUUGGCCAAAAUACAUAACAAUGUAAAGAAACUGCAGCAUCAGUUAAAAGAUGUGAAGCCUACACCUGAUUUUGUUGAGAAGCUCAGAGAAAUGAUGGAAGAAAUUGAAAAUGCAAUUAACACUUUUAAAGAAGAGCAGAGGUUGAUAUAUGAAGAGCUAAUUAAAGAAGAGAAGACAACUAAUAAUGAGUUGAGUGCCAUAUCAAGAAAAAUUGACACAUGGGCUUUGGGUAAUUCAGAAACAGAGAAAGCUUUCAGAGCAAUCUCAAGCAAAGUUCCUGUAGACAAAGUAACACCAAGUACUCUUCCAGAAGAGGUACUAGAUUUUGAAAAAUUCCUUCAGCAAACAGGAGGGCGACAAGGUGGCUGGGAUGAUUAUGAUCACCAGAACUUUGUAAAGGUGAGAAACAAACAUAAAGGGAAGCCAACAUUUAUGGAAGAAGUUCUAGAACACCUUCCUGGAAAAACACAAGAUGAAGUUCAACAGCAUGAGAAAUGGUAUCAAAAGUUUCUGGCUCUAGAAGAAAGAAAAAAAGAGUCGAUUCAGAGUUGGAAAACUAAAAAGCAGCAAAAAAGGGAGGAAAUUUUCAAGUUAAACGAAAAGGCAAACAACACACCUAUGCUUUUUCAUAAUAAACAAGAAGAUAAUCAAAAGCAAAAAGAACAACAAAGAAAGAAACAGAAAUUGGCAGUUGAAGCUUGGAAGAAACAGAAAAGUAUAGAAAUGUCAAUGAAAUAUGCUUCCCACUUAAAAGAAGAGGAAGAGAAAGAGAAAAAACGUCAGAAAGAACGCCAGCGCCAGUUUAAGUUAAAAUUACUACUAGAAAGUUAUACCCAGCAGAAGAAAGAACAGGAAGAAUUUUUGAGGCUUGAAAAGGAGACAAGGGAAAAGGCAGAAAAGGCAGAAAAAAGGAAAACUGCUGCUGAUGAAAUUUCCAGAUUUCAAGAAAGAGAUUUACAUAAACUUGAAUUGAAAAUUCUAGAUAGACAGGCAAAGGAAGAUGAAAAGGCACAAAAACAAAGAAGACUGGCAAAAUUAAAAGAAAAGGUUGAAAACAAUGUUAGUAGAGAUCCCUCUAGGCUUUACAAACCCACAAAAGGUUGGGAAGAACGAACCAAAAAGAUAGGACCAACAGGCUCUGGGCCACUUCUACAUAUCCCACAUAGGGCUAUUCCAACCUGGAGACAAGGAAUACAGAGAAGAGUAUGAGAUAAUGAAAUUGCUACUCAGUUGAUAAGAAUGUUAACAUACUAAGUUAUACCAGGGAGAAAGUGACUAACCGUGUUCUUUAAAUAUAAAUAGCCUAGUCAGAUUGAUUAUUGUGCUAUAUUGUGAAUUGAGAGGUAUUAAGUUUCAUGAGGCUUUGUCAUUAGUAUUCCUGCUUCUACCACGAAGGUAUUUAAUAUAUGUGUUGGCCUAUUAUUGAUGUAAAAGUUAUUUAAAUAAGUUAAUGUUACAAACAUUAUUUAAAUACUCAAAACAUUUCAAAGAGAUUUUGUUUUUGUCAUAGCAUAGCAAAAUAAAUUGGAAAAAUCAUACAAUGACAUUUUUUAAACCAAAAUUUUGUAACUUUUGUAACUUGGAGUUAAGUUAGCUUGAGUAACAAAAAGGUAAAGUGGUUUUUGUUCAGAGUUAUGAAAUGUUAGUACUUUUUCUAUGUUUAACAAAUUGGCAGUUUGUCAGUUAUGACAUUUUUGUGUAAUAAAUAUUUUGUAUUUGUUUGAAGCAUGCUUUGUUUUGUAUAGAGAAUAUUUAUUUUAAAAAUAUGUCUCUCAUAUACCCUAUUAAUUGUAUUAUUGAUAUAAUCUUUUUGGUUUCCUUCAGCAAUCCCAAAUUUUCCUUCAGCCCUUCUGGAUUGCACACAUUUAUAAAAUCUUCGUGUCUUUCACA